CUCGUGCAGCGCGAGGAGCGCGAGCGCCUCGGCCGCUUCGUCUUCGCCCGCGAUGCCAAAGCCGCCCUGGCUGGCCGUCUGCUGAUAAGGAAAUUAAUUGCAGAAAAGCUGCAUAUACCAUGGAAUGAAAUAUGCUUGCAAAGGACAUCAAAAGGAAAACCUUUCCUGGCAAAUGACCUACCCAGGACCUGUUCAAAUUACAACUUCAAUGUCUCCCAUCAAGGGGAUUAUGCAGUUCUUGCAGCUGAACCUGAACUUCAAGUUGGCAUCGAUAUUAUGAAGACUAGUUUGCCAGGUAGUAGUUCAAUACCAAAUUUUUUUCGCAUUAUGAAUCGACAGUUUACUGAGGCAGAGUGGAGUGUAAUCAAGUCUAUGAAUAAUGAAUGGAUGCAGCUGGAUAUGUUUCAUCGACACUGGGCCCUAAAGGAGAGCUUCUUAAAAGCUAUUGGAGUUGGAAUUGGCUUCAACUUGCAAAGAAUUGAAUUUAAUGUAUCUCCAUUGCAACUGGAAAUAGGAAAAGUAUAUCAGGAGACAAAAAUGCUGCUGGAUGGAGAUGAAGAAGAAGAAUGGACUUUUGAGGAAACUCGGUUAGACAACAGUCAUCAUGUUGCAGUGGCUCUUGGCAAACAGGAAGAAUAUGGACAGAGGCAUCCCCAUGUAUAUUCCAUGGAGGCUAAUCAUCCAGAGUUUACAAUACUGACUUUUGAAGACUUAGUUGCAGCUGGUAUUCCAUUCACACCUGAGGAUUCUGCAUGUUGGGAUAAUUUUUGUUCUAAGCAGGAGAGUCCAACAAAACAGAAUUCACAUUCAAGAUAAGAAUAUGUAUAAGAAAAAAAAUGUUGUCGAAGGUUUAAUGU